UUUUGAUUUUGUUGUAAAGUGCAAGUCACCGCUGCCGAAGUGCUCAGUAUUCAAAAACUUGUGAAAUGCUGCAUGUCUAGCAAAAUUUGCUUUUGUGUGGGAAUAUAAAUGUUUGCUGAGAGAUUGGUCAGGCGAAGACUUUGAUAUUGCACCUGUUCUUGUCUGAAGCAGUGGAUUAAGCGUUCACUGCAGUGUCUGUACUAAGUCAGGAACCUGCCGUCACGAUGUGCUGUCUUUCAACCCUAAUCCUUUCACCAAGAAUGAAGCUAUUUAAAAAUUAAGAUGCCAACAGAUCACGAGGAGCCCUGUGGCCCCAGUCUCAGGUCAUUUUGCCUGAAUGGGGGGAUAUGUUAUGUGAUUCCUACUAUUCCCAGCCCAUUCUGUAGGUGCAUUGAGAAUUACACAGGAGCUCGUUGCGAAGAGGUUUUUCUCCCAAGCGCCAGCAUCCAAAGCAGAAGUAACCUGUCGGCAGCAAUCGUGGCCCUGGCGAUCCUGCUCACGCUAGCCAUUGCAGCGCUCUGCCUUCUGUGCAGGAAGGGCCACUUUCAGAGGGCCAGUUCAGUCCAGUGUGAGAUCAGCCUGGUGGAGAGAAACACCGGGGCCCACCACAAUCACGCUUUAAUGGAAUUGUGAAUAUUUUAGAACAGUCAUUAAGCUUGUUAGAACUUCAGGCAGCAGGAAGACAGAAGUGUGCACUUGAAAGACUAGCAUGGGGAUGCUGACCCACUGUGCACAGGUGCUGUAGGGCAGCUGCUGCGGAUGCAGGUGUCUGAGGUCACAGAGAUCACUGAAGGCACACCCAGUGAAGGGCACUAUUGCGGUCACCUUACACAGGCAGAAAGUAAACUGCACGGCGAGAGAAGGUCACCGAGUCUCCUUCCCUAAACAGCUCUCCUGUUCCCAAAUUCAACUCUCCCUCUCCCCGUGGACCUGUGACAACCACUGAUGUCUUCACUUCGUAUUUUCCGGACUCUAGCGCUGCAAUCAUAUGAUUUGCAGCACAAACCACUUGUCUUUUGCUACUGGCCUCGUAAAUCAAUUUUAAACAAAACUGGGAAAACUAAGGAGCAACAUCACAAGGAGGACCAGUGCUGUAAAAUUUAUCAACAGGCGGUGCUGAAGGAGCCUAAUGCUGAUGUUCUUAAAGGACAAUAAAUACAAGUUUAGUUUUUUUGACUGCAAGCAGAGUUGUGUUCAGUGAGCCUCUUGGCAACAGCAAAAUUGAAUGAAUUGGUACAUUAGCAAUUCCUUUUCUAUUUUUUGAGACAGGCUGUCACUUUGUAGCCUUGUCUGGCCUGGCAGUCAUCAGUGUAGACCAAGCUGGUACUGAAUUCAAGAAAUUCUCCUGCCUCAUAGUACUGGCAUACAAUACCACACUGAUUCCUCGAAUUUGUUGCAAGAACCUGAAGCCGUUUCCAUUCACCCUGGGAGAAAAGCAAAGUGCACAGGCUUACUUCUCAGAAGUCAGUGAAGACAAGUUGUCCACCUGGCCUCCAGCCAGGAUGAUGUUCAUAUUGCUGAAAGUGCUGACCACUCGCUGCAGGUAAUUAUUGGCUCCCACCUUACAGCAGUUAUAGCCAAAGACAAGGACCACGCGAAGCUCAGGGUUAUCCAGAAGACCUGCAGAGGAGUUAGAGAUAAGACAGCCUUAAACCACAACGAGCUGUUAUUCCUGCUGACUGACUGGCACCAGAGGUGCUGCGCAGCACUGAAGUUCCUGGCUUUCCAUUAAUAAAAACCUAAGCGGUAUUUGAAUAUAAUCCAGUCAACGCCUCACACAAGCAAGGACAGUUAUAGACAGAACAGCAGCCUAGCGGACCAUGUUGGGUUGUUCCACAUUCCAAGUCCACAAGGGCCAAUGACCUAGAGUUUAUAACGUGGUCUAAAAGCAGCUCUACCACUAGCAGGCAGCAAGGCUCAAGGGACCAGUAGUGUCUCAUUCCCAGAGCGCCACGCUUCCACCCGAGUCUCCGGCAGCCUGUUUUCACAGCAGCCAUUUGAAACCGAACAGUAUUACAACAGGUGGCUUCUGGGACAGGAAGAAAAUGCAGCCCCUAACUACACAGAUGCUUCCAUUUAACUCAGCCACAUGCCUUCCAUGGUGAUAAAAGGAAGGGUCCCUUAGCAAGACUGAAGCAGGCUAGAAAGAAAGGGAAAGGAGCCCCGCCGACCACAAUGCUCAGGCUUGAACAAUUAAGAAUCAAGACUCCCAGCACAUUAGCAUCUAACUCCAUGCUGGUGACCUAGAGUUCUGUCUUAUCAAAUGCCUGUCCUGCAUCCCAGCUUAACUUCUCAGCAAUCCUUUAGUGACAGUUUUUGUAAAGACAAUGACAUGUGACCUUUUUUCUGAGUAGCCCACAUCCACUCUCCCUGAAUAUCUCUCAACCCCCAUGCUGAAAUUUAUAUUAAAAACCUUCUUUAAUAAACUAACUAUGCUUUACACUA